UCGGGCGGGGGCCGGUCCCUGCACCAGGUGACCUGUUCCGGCCGGGAUCCGGGCGGCCUCGCUAUGCAGCGGCGCGGCGCGGGGCUUUGGUGGCCGUGGUGGCGGCAGCAGCAGCAGCGGCAACCCCCGCCACCCUCGAUCGGUUCCCGGGCCGCAGCCAUGACCCCUACGAGCGGGGGGAUCCCCCCGGGCCUCGGCGGCCGCCCUGCCGGCACGCUGCUCCUGCUCUGCUACCUGAAUGUUGUACCGUCUUUGGGUAGGCAGACUUCCAUGACUACGUCGGUGACUCCCAAAGCAGAGCAGAGCGCGACUUACAAAGACUUUAUUUAUUUCGCUGCCUUUGAAGGCAGCGUGCGCAACAUCUCCCAAGUCUCGGUGGAGUAUUUAUGCUCUCAGCCUUGUGUUGUCAGCGUGGAAGCCGUCGUCUCGUCCGAGUUCAGAAGUAGCAUCCCCGUGUACAAAAAAAGGUGGAAGAACGAGAAGCAUCUUCACACCAGCAGGACACAAGUCGUGCAUGUGAGAUUUCCAAGCAUCAUGGUGUACAGAGAUGAUUAUUUCAUUAGACACUCCAUUUCCGUAUCCGCAGUGAUACUACGAGCCUGGAUUACACACAGACACCGUGGUGGGGACCUGAAGGUUACGUGGGAGGAGAACUUGCUCCAUGCUGUGGCAAAGAACUACACUCUGCUGCAGGCAGUGCCGCCUUUCCAGCGCCCUUUCAAAGACCAUCAGGUGUGCCUGGAGUGGGACGUAGACUACAUUUGGAACCUCUGGGCGAACAAGAUCCCACAGUGUCCUCUGGAGAACGAUGUGGUUGCCUUCCUCGACUUUCCCUAUGCCUCGAGUGGAGAAAACACGGGUGUCGUGAAGAAACUCCUAAGGUUUCAGAACAGAGAGCUGGAGGCCACCCGACACCAGCGCGUGGACUACCCAAUGUUUACUGUUUCAUUGUGGCUUUAUUUACUUCAUCAUUGCAAGGCCAGCCUCUGUGGCAUUCUGUACUUUGUUGAUUCUAAUGAGAUGUACGGCACGCCUUCUGUAUUUCUUACUGAUGAGGGCCAUUUGCAUAUUCAAAUGCAUCUUGUCAAAGGAGAAGACCUUGCUGUAAAAACUAAAUUCACCAUACCUCUGAAGGAGUGGUUUCGACUUGAUAUCUCUUUUAAUGGAGGCCAGAUCGUGGUGAUCGCCAGUCUUGGACAGGACUUGAAAAGUUACCAUAAUCAGACUCUUAGCUUCCAUGAGGAUUUCUAUUACAACGACACAUCUGGGUACUUCAUUAUUGGAGGCAGCAGGUAUGUGCCUGGCAUUGAAGGGUUUUUUGGACCCCUGAAGUACUAUCGCCUCCACAGUCUGCACCCUACACAGAUCCUUAAUCCCCUCCGUGAGGAGCAACUAGCUGAACAAAUCAAGUUGUAUUACGAUCGGUGUGCUGAGGUUCAAGAAAUAAUAUCUGUGCAUACUUCGACAGCACAGGUCGGCCAUGAGAGGCAGGAAGCAUGUGAUCUCCACAACUCCUAUCUGGACCUCAGGCGCAGGUAUGGGAGACCCUCCACGUGCAGAGCCCUUCCCUGGGAGAAGGAGUUGAAGGACAGACACCCCAGCUUGUUCCAGGCGCUGCUGGAGAUGGAUUUGUUGACAGGUAACUGAGCCCUGGCCUUGACUUUAGGCCCUGGUUAGGAAGUCUCUCCACAUUGCUUCUCGGCCUUUUGGCUAAGAUCAAGUGUAGGAAGUCUCUCCACUUCUU